AUGGAAAACGAGACAGUAAGUGAACUGAACCAAACACAGCUUCAGCCUCGAGCCGUGGUGGCCCUAGAAUACCAAGUGGUCACCAUCUUACUUGUGCUUAUUAUUUGUGGUCUGGGCAUCGUGGGCAACAUCAUGGUAGUCCUGGUGGUCAUGAGAACCAAGCACAUGAGGACGCCCACAAACUGCUACCUGGUGAGUCUAGCAGUGGCUGAUCUCAUGGUCCUGGUGGCCGCAGGCCUCCCCAACAUAACGGACAGUAUCUAUGGUUCCUGGGUUUAUGGCUACGUUGGAUGCCUCUGCAUUACUUACCUCCAGUACUUGGGCAUUAAUGCAUCCUCUUGUUCAAUCACAGCAUUUACCAUUGAGAGGUACAUAGCAAUCUGUCACCCCAUCAAAGCCCAGUUUCUCUGCACAUUUUCCAGAGCCAAAAAGAUCAUCAUCUUUGUCUGGGCUUUCACAUCCAUUUACUGUAUGCUGUGGUUCUUCUUGCUGGAUCUCAAUAUUAGCACCUAUAAAGAUGCUAUUGUGGUGUCCUGUGGCUACAAGAUCUCCAGGAAUUACUACUCACCUAUUUACCUAAUGGACUUUGGUGUCUUUUAUGUUGUUCCAAUGAUCCUGGCCACUGUCCUCUAUGGAUUCAUAGCUAGGAUCCUCUUCUUAAAUCCCAUUCCUUCAGAUCCUAAAGAAAACUCUAAGACAUGGAAAAAUGACUCAACCCAUCAGAACAAGAAUUUGAAUUCAAAGACCUCUAGUAGGUAUUUCAACAGCACAGUAUCUUCAAGGAAGCAGGUCACCAAGAUGCUCGCAGUGGUUGUCAUUCUCUUUGCCCUUUUAUGGAUGCCCUACAGAACUCUUGUGGUUGUCAACUCAUUUCUCUCUAGCCCUUUCCAAGAAAAUUGGUUCUUGCUCUUUUGCAGAAUUUGCAUUUAUCUCAACAGUGCCAUCAACCCAGUGAUUUACAAUCUCAUGUCCCAGAAAUUCCGUGCAGCCUUCAGAAAGCUCUGCAACUGUAAGCAGAAGCCAGUGGAGAAACCGGCUAACUACAGUGUGGCCCUCAAUUACAGCGUCAUCAAGGAGUCAGAUCAUUUCAGCACAGAGCUUGAUGACAUCACUGUCACUGACACUUACUUGGCUGCCACGAAAGUGUCUUUUGAUGACACCUGCUUGGCUUCUGAAAUAACCAUUAGCCAAAGUUGA